CCAAUAGGAAUGCGCCCCGCUAGGCUGAUCCCGCCCCCGGCUGGCAGGCAGAGUUGGGAGUCCCAGGCUGGGUCGGGGCAGGUGCUGGGUAGUUGAGAGGUGGCGGUGGCAGGGCCGGCAGGAUGAAUGGAGCAGCUUGUCCACUGUUUGAUACCAAGGAGAGGCCAUUGGUGCUCGGGGAGAGCUUCGAGAAGCAGCCAAGGAGCGGGUACCACACAAUCCGCUGUAAGUGGCCCUGGCAAUGAUUUCAAGCCGGCGUCUAUUGAUACCUCCUGUGAGGGGAACCUGGAUGCGGGCAAAGGAGAACAGGUGACCAUCACUCUCCCCAACAUUGAAGGUUCUACCACCCCGAUUACUGUGUUCAAAGGAUCCAAAAGGCCAUACCUGAGAGAAUGUAUCCUGAUCGUGAAUCACAACACAGGGGAAUGUCGGCUGGAGAAAUUAAGCAGCAAUAUUAGUGUCAAAAAGACCAGGGCUGAAGGAAGCAGCAAGAUCCAGUCACGUCUGGAGCAGCAACAACAGCAAAUGCGAAAUGCCAGCAAAACGCCCAACAGCGCCAAAAACUCUUCUUCACCCAUGGAGAAAAUGUCUCCAGCGUCCCCAAUGGAUGAUAUAGAGAGGGAACUGAUGGCAGAAGCAAGUGUUAUUGACCAAAUGAGCAGUUCGGGCAGUUCUUCGGAGUCCAAAAGCUCCUCCAGUAGCGACGACAGCUCCAGUGAUUCAGAGGUCGAGGGAAACAAGUCGUCCCACUCCAAGCAGAUACUGCAGAGACAUCACUCAGGCUCCAGCACAGAGAGCAUGCACAAGUCUCGGGACAAUGGAGGGCAGAUGAUGAGUACUUUGCGCAAUGACUUACAGCUCAGUGAAUCUGGGAGCGAUAGUGACAACUGAUGAUUGGGCUGUUGGAUUUGGCAGCAUGGAGUAACGAGCCAGCAUCCCAUUUGCACUAGAACUGACUUUUCUAUGUGAUGGAGGGAAAGGAUUAUCAGGUUUUUGAUAAAAGACAAAUUUAUUUGCUAAAUACGUGGGUAUCAAAUACCAUGUCGCCAAUUGGUGCCCUAGUUCCACAGCACAACUCUCUAUAGCGAAUCUGCCCUAUCAGUGAGCGAAUAGCGAAAUGUUUCUUUUUCCUCCUCCAGAAGAAAUUCCCUCAGUGCCUGGCAGAUCAGGGAUUUUGGAAUGUUUAGAUACAUUUUGUUAUUUAGCUUUCACUACUAAAUCAGGAGCCAUUAACUCUUUGCUAGCUGACUCACUUUCCAAAACUCAGGUGACCUUAACACGUUCCUUGCAACUUAAUGCAAUUAUGGUAGUGGGGGUUUGUACUCCUAACUAAGACACUGAACGAAUGAAAGUAGCAGGUAGAAACAAAGUGAAACAUAAAGUGAUAGUCACUGCCCCCCUCCCCAUGCACACACCUGCCAUCAUCCUUAUUCCUCAUAAACUUGAACCAAAGUGCGAUAGUUACGGUAAUCUGCUGAUUGGCCGUAAUUGUGCUUGCCCCUUUUAACCCAGACCUGGAAAGAAAGAUGAUGACAGAUUUUAAAGGGGAAAUGUACCUUUCAAUUGAGUUUUAUUAUGAUACAUGCUGAUCCAAUCCAUGCAGUUUUGCAGUCAUUUUUGUGGUUUUUAUUGAGAGGCAAGAUUUUCACUAAAUAUAAAUGGCACAAACCAGUAAAGUCCAGUUGCAUUAUUUGCCUGUGAGUUGUUUGGAGAGCUGAUCAUCUCUUUGCAGUGCUUACUCAGAUCACAGGAAUUCUAGUAUUGAUGGGCCCAGGAAUGAGAGAUUUGGCUACAGAAUAGCUGUUAUGUAAAGCUUUUUUUGUUUUGUUUUGGCAACAAUUGCGUUAUUUUUCAACAAAUAAUAUUGUAACGGAUAGUAAAAGCUGACAGAUACUUGGCUUUGUCUCACUGUGGCGCUUGUGGCCCCUUGUGCUUUGGACCCUCACUGUCGACUGGAUUUCCCCCAGUACCACGAGCAAAGAAAUGUGAAGAGAAAUAAAUCUAUUUAACAUUUA